AGGCGGCCGCCGAGGAGCGGCGAGGACGUCGAGCGGCCGCCGAGCGCCCCCCGCGCGUGCGACGAGGCGGCCCUGACGGGGCAGCGCGGCCCGCCCGUUCCUCUCGCUCGGUCCGCCGGCACCACGACGACGACGACGACGACAGCGGCGGCGGGGUCCGGGCUCCUCACCCGCCCCCCGAUGACUGCGGCAAACGGCGGCGGCGCCCACGACGACUUCGACUUCGGGCUCAUCUUCGGGGAGGAGGACGGCGACGGCGGGCAGCAGCCGCCGGGGCCUGUCGCCGCCGCCGCCUCAGCAGCAGAUCUUGAACCUGAUGACUGUGCAUCUUUAUGCAUUUUCAGUGCAGACCACUCAUCAUCGGUAAAUCAUCCUAUUUGUAUCCCAUGUCACGGAUUUCAAACACACCCCUCUCCUUUGUCUUCACCUACUAAAUUUCAGAGUCAUAAAAGCUAUGAAGGAACAUGUGAAAUUCCAGAAUCUAAGUACAGUCCACUUGGUGCGCCUAAGCCUUUUGAAUGUCCUAGUAUUCAAAUUACAUCUAUCUCUCCAAACUGUCAUCAUGGAAUAGAAGCCAGUGAAAAUGAAUUGCACACAAAUGGCCCUCAAAAUGAAUAUAUGGAAAGGCCUUCAAGGGACCACUUAUAUCUUCCUCUUGAGCCAUCUUACAGGGAAUCAUCCCUUAGCCCAAGUCCUGCCAGCAGCAUUUCCUCUCGGAGCUGGUUCUCAGAUGCCUCCUCUUGUGAGUCGGUCUCUCAUAUUUAUGAUGACGUGGAUUCAGAACUGAAUGAAGCCGCUGCUCGAUUUACCCUUGGGUCACCUUUGGCAUCUCCUGGAGGUUCUCCAAGAGGCUGUCUAGUUGAUGAUCCUUGGCCACAAUCAUAUGGAUUUGGGUAUGCCUUGUCACCAAGACAGUCUCCUUGUCAUUCUCCUAGGACUAGUAUCACAGAUGAAAAUUGGCUUAGUCCAAGACCAACCUCAAGGCCAUCAUCAAGGCCUACAUCACCAUGUGGGAAGCGCCGACAUUCUAGUGCUGAAAUCUGUUACAUUGGUUCACUUUCUCCUCAUCAUUCUCCUUCUCCAUCACCAGGACAUUCUCCUAGGGGAAGUAUUACAGAAGAUACGUGGUUAAAUUCUUCUCUCCAUGGUCUGACUCCUGGCCUUUCAGCUUUUCAGUGUUGUGCAGAUACUGACAUCCCUCUUAAAACAAGGAAGACCUCUGAGGAUCAAACUGCAAUUAUAUCUGGAAAAGUAGAACUUUGUUCUGAAGAUCAGGGCAGUCUAUCACCAUCCCUUGAAACUGCAAUAGAUGACAGCUCUGUAUCCCAGCAUAUGUUGAAAAAAGAUUUGCCUGGUGACCAAUUUCUUUCUGUUCCUUCCUAUUUUACCUGGAAUAAACCAAAGCCUGGCCAUGCUCCUAUAUUUCGCACAUCUUCGUUGCCGCCUCUAGACUGGCCUUUGCCUCCACAAUAUGGGCAGUGUGAACUGAAAAUAGAAGUACACCCAAAAACUCAUCACAGAGCACAUUAUGAAACGGAAGGCAGCAGAGGAGCAGUAAAAGCAUCUACUGGUGGACAUCCUGUAGUGAAGCUCCUCGGUUACAGUGAAAAACCCGUAAAUCUUCAGAUGUUUAUUGGGACAGCAGAUGAUCGUUACUUACGGCCACAUGCUUUCUACCAAGUGCACAGAAUCACAGGAAAAACUGUUGCUACGGCUAGUCAAGAAAUAAUCCUGGCCAGCACAAAGGUUUUGGAAAUCCCUCUGUUACCUGAAAACAAUAUGUCCGCCAGUAUCGAUUGCGCGGGUAUCCUGAAACUCCGCAAUUCAGACAUAGAGCUUCGGAAGGGAGAGACGGAUAUUGGAAGAAAAAAUACGAGAGUGAGACUUGUAUUCCGUGUUCACAUCCCGCAGCCUAGUGGGAAGGUUUUGUCCCUUCAAACGGCCUCUAUACCUGUUGAAUGCUCCCAGAGAUCGGCUCAGGAACUUCCUCAGAUAGAGAAAUACAACAUCAGUAGUUGCUCGGUAAAUGGAGGCCAUGAAAUGAUAGUUACUGGCUCUAACUUCCUUCCAGAAUCAAAAAUACUAUUUCUUGAAAAGGGGCAAGAUGGACGGCCCCAGUGGGAGGUGGAAGGAAAAAUAAUUAGGGAUAGGAGUCAAGAGGCUGCGCUUAUUCUUGAAGUUCCUCCAUAUCACAACAAAACAAUUUCAGCGGCUGUCCACGUGCAGUUCUAUGUUUGCAAUGGCAAAAGGAAAAAAAGCCAGGCUCAGCGUUUUACGUACACUCCAGUUGUAUUGAAACAAGAGAACAGAGAUGAAAUGGAUUUGACUUCAGUUCCAUCGUUGUCCGUGACUCACUGUAAAGGACUCUCUUCUGUCCAAACCCAGUUGCCUUCACCAGAUCCAGGGCUUUCACAUGAUAGUUUACUUUCUACUUCAUCCAGGAACCUUGUAUGUCCCAUACAGCAACCAUUCACACCUAUGGUAUCCUCAGCAGUAACCCAGUUGUCACACAUACAAGGUAGAAACAUUAGUCCAGGUGAAGAGCAUCCUGUUCUGUCUUCAGCUGUAGUCCAUCAGUCUUUUCAGGUAACAGCAGCAUCCUCUGUGGGGCCUUCCUAUCAGCCUAUGCAACCUAAUGUUAUGUUUAAUGGACAGCCUGGUCUUCCCAUGAACCCUGCCUCUUCUAGUCAAGGAUAUGAUGCAAUUUCAUUUCAGCAAGAUGUACCUGUACCUCCACUGAUAAACCUCAGCUGCCAGUCUCUACCACCAAUCCCAUAUCAUUCUUCAAGUUCAGGUUCAGUGUCAACUUCAGUUGCAACAGGAGGACAUACUUCAGCACACCUAGCUCAAUCAAGACACUCCUCACCUCAUUUGCAAUCAAUGCAAUAUCACUGUCCUGAUUCUCAGCAAAGUCCUGUCUCUUCUGCAGUGACUCAGUCCCUUGGACAUCCUUCCACACAGUUGCAGCAAAUAACUUACCAUUCUUCAAAUCCAGGUAAUUCCUCAUCAUCAUCCCCUAAAUCUUCUCAUUCUUUAGUCCAUUCACCACGGUCUGGGCCAUCUUCGCCACAGUUGCAACCUAUGCCUUACCAUCUUUCUAGCUCGGGAUCUGCCUCAUCUCCUCCUCCAGCUGCUGUCAGUCAGUCUGGACAACAGUCCCCACAGGAACAUAGCCCAGGUUUGGGAGGAAUUGCUACAACUUCAUCUUUGAUGCAUCAUAACAUGUGUGAUACAUCUCCAUUUUCAUCAGAAGGGUCAACUGUUAAUAUUAAGCCUGAACCAGAAGAUCAAGAGUUGAAUUUUCAGGCAAUGGGGCUGCAAGACAUCACGUUAGAUGAUGUGACCGAAAUUAUUGGAAGAGACAUGCCACAGAUCUCGGCGUCCCGUGGAGCAGGAGCUGCCGUCCCGCGGAAACCUGGAGCGAACCAGGAAGCCUUGCACUUUUCCUCUGAAUAAUGCUCCAUCCCUCUUUGGAUUUACUGUGCUUCCGACUACGUGGCCUUGCUGAUCCUGAACACUGGAUCCCUGCAGAGCUGUUCUGGGAGAGUGGGAGAGAGAGCUGUAACAGGAACAGGUUGAAUUUGAAUAGGUUUUUAGGGUGGUGUAAAAAUUACUUUAUAAAAAUGGACACCAAGAAGUGACCCAAGAUGCUCUAACCUUGAAUAAAAUACCAAUGAGCUUUGCUUGUUUUGUGCAUUUAACAUAAUUCUUUUAUAUUAAGUGCUUAUUCAUAUGGAGAAAUGUAGUUUUGCUCUCAAUAUGCACAGUUACUGAAUGUGGGUAAUUUUUUUUUUUUUAAACACCAUCUUUGUAUGCUGCUUUUCUUUAGGAGAGAUACUAAGAUUGUAAUAAAAAUUUGUAUACCUUUUGGACGGUCUUUUUGAAGAGCCUUUAAGCGUAUGUGGUUUAAAAGAGUUUUUUUUUAAAAUAAUAAUAAUAAUAAUAAUGUCUUUCAGAGGCACAGAAGUAUCUAUCAUCUGAAGCCAAUGCCUUUGGAAGUCUGACAUAAUGAUUAUCAUUUUCUUUGGAGCUUUAAGAAGCUAAGCCAAAUACAGAUCUGUGUUCUUGAGACACUGAAAAAUUUUGGUAGGCUGCAAAGAGACCAUUCCAUCACGGAAAUAUUGGGAUAGAAAUGACAUUCCAAAACCUGACUUUUAUACCUUCGUACCUUUGCUAGCACAGACCUGUUCUAACAGAAGCACUUGUUUGGAACUAUUUAUAUAUAUAUAUAUAUAUGCGCUCAUUUUUUAAUGAAGCAAUUACAAUUUUGGGAUAGGUCAAAAGGCUAUGUUCCAUAUGCAGUCCUUUUGAUCGGGCUUGUUUGAACUGUCACAGUUAUCCCACUGUCUUGAAAUUCCUCAGGUAGAGCUCUUCACUCCGUCUACUCUUUUUUUUCUGUUAGGUGUGUCUGAAAAUAAAUGUAUGUUGGCAUUUAUUUUGGCUUCUUAACACCUUUUCUUAAUGGUGUAACGAUCCUGCUGUUCACAGGGUUUCAUCCUCUUAAGAAAUCAGCUUAGUAUAACAUAAAAGGAAUGUAACCAGGUCCUCUUACUGUAAACAUGUAUUUAACGCUGCUGACAAAGGCAGCUUACUGAGCAGGGACAUGUGUCCAUUGUGACCGCUGGGGCUGAAGCUGUCUAUGGCUGCCUGUGCAUGUUAGACUAAUAUUUCCCAUUGCCGUGUGAUUCAUAGGGGGGCCUCUGCCUCUCAUUUGAAACAUGAGGGAUGCAAAAUCCAACCACGGCAGAUGAGAAGUCCUACUAAAUAGAGUUAAUUCCUCCGUACAAUGAAAAUGAAAAUCAAGAUGUAUCAAGUUUGGGUAAGCAAAUGGAACAGGAGACUGCAAACAUGAAAAAAUAAUCAAAAGGAUUUUGGGGGACCAUAAGGUUUAAGAUGGUGUGUUGUUUUCUGUUGUUUAGCUGAUUUUUUACAGCUGCUUAAGUCUUAACUGAUAGCAUCAAGUCACGCUGUUGGCAACAGGCUGAUAGGGGGCGAAGUGUCCGUCUUCCUGGGAAUGCUACUGCAAGCAUCCUGACUUUUAGGCAGUCUCCGCUCCUUUUGUGAAAAGAAUAAAGGCGACUCUAAGCCACAGUUUAGUUAUUAAGGGGGUCGCUUAACCGGUGAUUAUCUGCAGACCACAUUUACAGCUUAGUCUGCGACUAACCUUACCAUCUCACGAUGAAGUAAAACAAAGCAGGUACAGAUGUGUUUGUGCAGUUCAGGGGACACCUACUUUGAGCACUAAAAUAUUUUAUAUUAAAACUUUAUUGGAACUGUUUGUCCUGUUUUUUUUAAUCACACAGUUUUGACUCUUUAAGAUACAAAGGUGAUGGCUGAAACAAGUUUGGUUUUUUAAAAAAAAAAUUAUAAUCAGCAUUUCAGAUAGCAAGGAAGAUUUCCUUGUACUAGCUGCUGUCUUGAGGGUUGGAUCAGGUGGACAUCACAUUUGGAUGACUCCUAAAUUAACGCAGCAUCCCCUUCCCUGAGCACCCAACCAUGGUAGAUCCCUUUAUCUUCAUUUCAGAGAUCCUUAACAUUCUCCUUUUAAUUGUCCUACAGCAGUUAAAAUUGCCAUGUGUGAACUUUUGAAACCAAAGGGCAGUCCUCUCACAUGCUAUGGUUUACUUUGGAAGUAAAUUUAUCUUCUGUUCAGUGAAUGCAACUACAGGCAGUCCUUGAUUUACGACCAGAAUAGGGACUGGAAAAUCCAUCGUUAAGUGGUACGGUCAUUAAGUGAGGCAUCACGUGACCGCACGAUUUCACAUCUUUGCAGUGGUCAUUAAGCAAAUCACAUUGUUAAGUGAAUCAUGCAGUUCCCCAUUGAUUUUGCUUGUUGGAAGCCAGCUGGGAAGGUCGCAAAUGGCAAUCGUGACCCUGGGAUGCUGCAACUGUUGUAAAUACAUGCCAGUUUGCCAAGCACCCAAAGUAGUUCAUGUGACCGCAGGGAUUCUGUGACAGUUGUAAGUGUGAGGACUUGUCGAAAGUCCCUUUUUUCAGUGUUGUGACUUUGAACGGUUGCUAAAUGAAUGGUUGUAAGUUGAGGACUACCUGUAGUUUUAAACAGAGUAAAAUAAGGCUAGUUACACACAAGAGCGGACGCAGUGGCGCUGCGGGUUAAACCGCUGAGCUGCCGAUCGGAAGGUCGGCGGUUCGAAUCUGCGUGGCAGGGUGAGCUGCCGUUGCUCGUCCCAGCUCCUGCUCACCUAGCAGUUCGAAAACAUGCAAAUGUGAGUAGAUCAAUAGGUACCGCUUCAGCGGGCAGGUAACGGCGUUCCGAGUCGUCAUGCUGGCCACAUGACCCAGAAGUGUCUAUGACAACGCCGGCUCCAAGGCUUAGAAACGGAGAUGAGCACCGCCCCCUAGAGUCGGACACGACUGGACUUUACGUCAAGGGAAACCUUUACCUUUACCUACACACAAGAGCACUUCAUUGCUUUUUCAGUAGUCCUAAGACUUUUAAUGUCUUCUCUGUGCUUGUUGCCAGGGUCUUUUUUACAGUUUUCAAACCUUAGAAUGUUUCAGGCCUCCAAGGUAGGCCAGGUUAGGAAACACUCCACAAAGAACCUUCCUUCAUUGUUGGAGAGUAUAAUAAUAAUCUUGAAAUCCUGACAGUCUCUCCCCCCGUCCCCUCUCCUACCCAAGAGAAUCAAGGCGGAAUUAUUUUGCGUUUCUUUCUCACCCCCUCUUCCCUCCCAGGGUUAAGCUGACACUUGACCGUUCUUGCAUUCCUUUUUCAAGGUUAUCUCCAUACUCCUGUCCAGAGUGGGUCUCCCUGCAGUCACUGUAGGGAGACGUGAGUUUCAGGGUUUUUUGUGCUCUGAGGUGCUCCGCUCCUUGGUGGUUGGCGGCAUCGCCUCUUCUCCCUUAAAGUUCUCCCGAGCAGUGUGAGUUUGUAUUGUACCUAAAACACAGGCACCCAAACAGUCCCGAGUGACUAUGCACUAAGUGAGCAAUCCGCCUAGCACUGCAGCAUGAGCGCUUCUCCCCAUUUCGGCAGGACGAGCCCCGGAGCCUCUUGUCGAUGCUGAAGCAGAUGGAGAGUUUGCCGCAAUGGGACUAGUGUGGUACUCCUCAACCGUGGCAUCUUUAAGCUGUGUGGACUUCAACUCCCAGAAUUCCCCAGCCAGCAAUACUAGCUGGGGAACUCUGGGAGCUGAAAUCCACACAGCUUAAAGAUGCCACGGUUGAGCAACACUAAACUAGUGGAUUGUUUUCAACCUUCUGUUGCCUUGAAAUGCCCAAUGCCUGUAGAUGUAGAAAUGCUUUCCUAUUUAAAGCAGAACUAUAGAAGUUGAGUACUAUAAUGGUUGUUUUUGCCUUGUAAAAACUUCAAUACAAGGGUCUUAAUAUAUAUAUAUAUAUAUUUUUGGCUUGUGUGAUGCUUUAGGUAAGACUGUUAAUCUUGUGUAAUGUAAUAGAGAUGAAAGCACAUGAUCUCCGUUAGACUAUGCAAUUUACAAUUUUCUGCCUGUGACUGGCAUCUAUGUUGCUGGCCUCUCCUGCCUCCAAAUUUACAAUCGCUUUCUAUGCUGGUGUCCAAUUUCUUAAAAUAUUACAGAAAGCAUUCAGAUAGAAGCUUUCAGAGCAGAAGAGUGGAGGCUUUUGUAACUCAAAGGCGGCAAGCUAUAUACGGCCCGUUGGAAAGUCGUUUUGGUUUAACCAAAGUCUGACCACAAUUUGGCACUCCUUCUAAUAAAUGCUUCAUUAGAAAAUGGAAUUGCCAUCCAUUAUAAACCAAAGAAUAAAAGAGAAAACAAUCGUUUGGAUGCAAACAAAUCUUGGAAAACUCUAUUUUUGAUACAUAGAAUGAAUGUCAUUCCUUGAAGUUUGGAGAUUGUUCAAAUUGAAGUUUUCUAUUUAACAGUUUGGGACAAUAAUGACUUAAGACUAAAAGUUACAUUCUAGAUGUUUACAGAGCCUUGUAUUGUAAUUUCAUGUACAUUUGUGUAUUAAACUUUUUGUAAGUUAUGAUUGCAGUGCUACAUGCAGAAGUACAAAGGGAAAAGCAUUAUAGGCUCUUGAAUCAUAGUGUUGAAAUAAAAAAGAAAAUGCA